GGACAAUGUUGAUGAGUUGAAUUGUGAACUUUGUCUCUGGUGGGGAAUUGAGAGGUCAGCUUGCGGUUCGGUUAGUGUCUGGUGUUGUUUGUUAUGGCGGCAUUGUCGUUUUCAGUGGUAUCCGUGGUGGAGGAUGUGCUUCAACAGCAUGGUACUCGUCUCCAAGAUCUUGAUUUGGAAUCUAGAAAAGCAGAAGAAGCUGCAUUCAGAAGGUAUGAAGCAGCAGGGUGGCUAAGAAAAAUGGUUGGAGUUGUUGCGGCUAAAGAUUUACCAGCAGAACCCUCUGAGGAAGGGUUUAGGCUUGGUUUGAGAAGUGGUAUCAUCCUCUGUAAUGUUCUUAACAAGGUUCAACCUGGUGCUGUACCCAAGGUUGUCGAGAGUCCUGUUGAUUCUGCACUUAUCCCUGAUGGAGCACCAUUAUCGGCAUUUCAGUAUUUCGAAAAUGUGAGGAAUUUUCUGGUGGCUGUCCAGGAAAUUGGAAUUCCUACCUUUGAGGCAUCUGAUCUGGAACAAGGAGGGAAAUCAGCCAGGAUUGUGAACAGCGUCUUGGCCGUUAAAUCCUAUAGUGAAUGGAAACAGUCUGGGGCUAAUGGUAUGUGGAAAUUUGGAGGAACUAUCAAACCCACAAUGUCUGCAAAAUCUUUUGCGAGAAAAAACUCAGAGCCAUUUACUAAUUCCUUGUCAAGGAACUCAUCCAUCGAUGAAAAAUCUUUGACUGCUUUUACCCCGGAUGUUGAAUCUAAUAAAAUGUCUGGUUCUCAUUCUUUGAGUAUGCUUGUUCGUGCAAUACUAUAUGAUAAGAAGCCAGAAGAAGUACCAAAGUUGGUUGAAUCCGUCUUGAAUAAGGUUGUAGAGGAGUUUGAGCAUCGCAUUGCAAGCCAGGGUGAACAGACGAAAAUAACUUUAACAGAUGCUGUGUCUCAAAGCAAUGGAUCUGUAUCGAAGUUUGUUGGGGCAAAUAAAAAGUUGGAUAACAAGAUUCCUAUGGUAACAAAGAAAGAGAAGUUCAUCCAUAAAAACCGUGUUGCUGAUGAGGAAUCACAAAGGCAACUUCUGAAGCACAAAAUGCUCUUUGACCAACAGCAAAGAGAUAUUCAAGAACUAAAGCAUACAAUUCACAUCACAAAAGCUGGUAUGCAGUUCAUGCAAAUGAAAUUUCAUGAGGAGUUCUCCAAUCUAGGCACACACAUUCAUGGCUUAGCUCAUGCUGCUUCUGGAUAUCAUAGAGUUCUUGAAGAAAAUCGCAAACUAUACAAUCAAGUCCAGGAUCUUAAGGGAAGUAUUAGGGUGUAUUGUCGAGUAAGACCCUUCUUACCUGGACAACCAAAUAAUUUUAGCACAGUGGAUAAUAUAGAAGAUGGAACUAUCACAAUUAAUAUUCCAUCAAAGAAUGCGAAAGGGCGCAGAUCCUUCAACUUCAACAAAGUCUUUGGACCAUCUGCAGCCCAAGCGGAGGUCUUCUCUGACAUGCAGCCACUCAUUAGGUCUGUUCUUGAUGGUUAUAAUGUUUGCAUAUUUGCUUACGGCCAAACAGGAUCAGGAAAAACUUUCACUAUGACUGGACCAAAAGAGAUCACAGAAAAAAGCCAAGGUGUAAAUUACAGGGCUCUAAGUGAUUUGUUUCUUACAGCAGAUCAAAGAAAGGACACUUUUCGCUAUGAUGUGUCUGUUCAAAUGAUUGAGAUAUAUAAUGAGCAAGUCAGAGAUCUAUUGGUUACUGAUGGAACAAACAAAAGAUUAGAAAUUCGUAGUAAUUCUUAUAGAGGGCUCAGUGUACCAGAUGCAAGCCUUGUCCCAGUAUCAUCAACAAAUGAUGUUAUUGAAUUAAUGAACCUGGGCCAAAGGAACCGUGCAGUAGGAGCAACAGCCCUUAAUGAUCGUAGUAGCCGAUCUCACAGUUGCUUGACGGUUCAUAUUCAAGGAAGAGACUUGACAUCUGGAACUGUCCUACGUGGAUGCAUGCAUCUGGUUGACCUGGCAGGAAGUGAGAGAGUUGACAAAUCUGAGGCAACGGGAGACAGACUAAAGGAGGCACAGCAUAUUAACAAAUCUCUUUCAGCUUUGGGUGAUGUCAUUGCUUCCCUUGCUCAGAAAAACCAACAUGUCCCUUACAGAAAUAGCAAACUCACACAAUUACUCCAAGAUUCACUUGGAGGACAGGCCAAGACACUAAUGUUUGUUCACAUAAGUCCAGAGGUCAAUGCUAUUGGAGAAACAAUAAGCACCUUAAAAUUUGCAGAAAGAGUUGCUACAGUUGAACUUGGUGCUGCUCGAGUAAACAAGGAUGGUUCAGAUGUCAAAGAGCUCAAAGGACAAAUCGCCAGCCUUAAGGCAGCAUUGGCAAGAAAAGAAGAGGGGGAAUCAGAACAUUCUUUAUCUGGCAGCGCUGGAAAAUAUAGGACAACUAGUGAGCUAUCACCUUAUCAUGCAAACCAGAGGGGGGCAGAUAUUAUGGGUGAUCCCCUUGUGUGCCGGCAACCAAUGGUUGAUGUAGGCAACAUAGAGCUUCACAGUAAUACCACAUUGAGGCAAAAAACUCAGAGCUUUGAUUUUGAUGAGAUAUCAGCAAAUUCACCACCAUGGCCCCCGGUGAAUAGUCCUGGACAAAACUAUGGGGAAGAUGAUAAAGAAACUGGUUGUGGAGAGUGGGUUGAUAAGGUCAUGGUGAACAAACAAGAUGUAAACAAAACUGAAAACAUCUUAGGGUGUUGGGAGGCAGACAAUGGGAACUUAUCCGAGGUCUUUUAUAAGAAAUAUCUCCAAGAUUCUUCUAAAAUAUACUCAGAACAAUCCUACAAUACAUUCAUGGGAAGCAACCAGUUUAACGUUGCUGGUUCAGAUGAAAUGGAUGAUCUUGAUGCCGCAACCAGUGAUUCCUCGGAACCUGACGUACUUUGGCAAUUUAAUCAUUCCAAACUUGCCAGCGUAGCCAAUGGAAAUGAAUCAAAAUCUAGGAGACCUGUCUCAAAGUCAGCCAAAAACCCAGAAUUGAGCAAGAAUAUUAUUCAUUCUUCUCUUGGUCCUUCACCUUCACGGAAACAAUCAAAUGCUGUCUCACAUCGAACAGGAAGACAUCCAGCUCCAGUUGAAAUGAAACGUAAAACUGGUAAUAGAAAGUGAACAUGUUGUUACUUGUAAGACACGUCAAAAGUCAAAAGGGAGGUUUUUUUUUUCUUUCCUUUUUAUUUUUUCAAUUUUUAGUUCAAGGAGAGAGAGCUUUUGCAAUAAUUUUUCUUUCUUUUUACCUUAUUGGUUUAUGUUUGAGUUUUGUAACUUGUAUUUACACAGA